UAUACAGUGGUCAAAUGGAAGAAGAUUCCCCCAAAUUUGCUAAUUUCCUUUCCUUUUCAAUCAGUGAGCUUCCACUGGAAGAUGGUAUGCUGAAUUAGGGUUUAGAAAUUUGCUUUUUCUUCAAUACAUUGAUAGAUACACAUUCAAUGAGCGAUUCCAGAGAAGAAUCUCCCGAUUGGUUGCGGUCAUUUCAGCCGCCAACUGAAACUGCCAUAGAAUUGUCAUCUGGACCGGAUUCGCCAUUGGAUCGAAGUCCAGUAAGCGAUGACGAGGAUAAUGUCAACCUUAGUAGGUUGUUUAAGAAAGGAGCAACACAGGUAUCAGAUAGUAAGGAUAGUGAUGAUGGAAAAGUGACUCUAUCUGAGAGUCCUGUCAAAGGAAAGUCUCCCAAAAAGACUAAUAAAGCAAAGCAGACGACACCGAAGAAGAGGAAGCAAGAUGAUGACAGUGGAAGAGGAAAGAGGGCUAAAGGAAAGGACAGAAGUGGGGGUAAUACACCUGAAAAUCUUGGGAAGUCUCAUGGAGAGAAUACUUCCAUCUGGUCAUUAUCUUCAGAUUCUGAGUCUGCUCCAGAUGCCAGGCCCGUUAAAAAGUCCAAGCCUAAUGUGAAAAAACUUUCUGCAAGUAAAGAUUUCAAUCCAGAAGAUAAAAAGGAAGAUUAUGACUGUCUCCUUGACCAUGAUUUAGAAUCCCUAAAGAAUCAAGCCCCACAGGUUAAAUCUCCGGUGGAAAACCUGGAAAAAGUGGAUGAGAAAUCAUCCAAGGAGAUGGAUACGGAUAUCAAUAUUAAGGGAGAUGAUGAUGUUAAAGAUAAUGUUAUGAAGGAAGAUGUCUCUGGGAAGCGUUCUGGACACCAGGUAUCCUCUUCAACGGUGCCAUUAUUUCUCUCAGAUAAAGUUCAGCGUUCAAAGGCUCUUGUUGAGUGUGAUGGUGAUUCCAUAGAUUUGAGUGGUGACGUGGGUUCCGUUGGAAGGGUAAUAAUUGCUGAUGAUUCAUCCAAAAAACAUGAGAUGCUCUUGGAUUUAAAAGGAACCAUAUACAAAACAACAAUAGUUCCAUCAAGGACAUUCUGUGUGGUAAGCUUUGGCCAAUCAGAAGCAAAGAUAGAAGCUAUUAUGAAUGACUACAUUCAGUUGAAACCACAAUCCAACGUUUAUGAAUCCGAAACUAUGGUUGAAGGGACAUUGGAUGGUUUCUCGUUUGAUUCGGACGAAGAAGCUGACAAACCCGUGGUUGAAGCUGAUCAACAAGAGGCUGGGGAGGAACAACCAGCAGAUGGAAAAACCAAGAAAAAAACUGACAAAAAAACGGGGAAGAAAAAGGGAAGACCAGCAGGAGACAAGCCGGCCAAGAAAGCGAUGAAAAAGAAACCUCAAGUUUCAAAAAAGGGCAAAACCAAGAAAUAAGGCAUAUUUGAUGCUAAUUUUUUUUAAAAAUUCUCUCCUUUAAUUAGAUGCGCUUUUCUUAGCCACAGUUUGUAGUGAUUUUCUCAUUAAAGGACCACAGCCGGUAUUGUAAAAGUGAUAAUGAGAAGAAUAUAUAUUUAAUACUUCAUCCUUCCA